ACUCCCCAUCGUGUCCAUCCACGCGUCCGCGUCCGCGUCGGCGCGCCCCUCACAUGCGAACUAGAGUAAAAAAAAACACACUCAAAAGCGCAGCGCCCGCACGGCUGCACGCCACGAGAUCGCUAGACUAGAUCGAUCGAUCGAUCGAUGCGGAGCCGCCGCCCGCCAACCUCACUACCUCAGCCUGCAUCGCACGCGAAGGGAGGGGCCGUGAGAUGAAGGACGGCAAGUGGCCGCACGCGACGGUGGGCGGCGGGAGGCGAGGGCCCCCUGCCCCCGCCGCGGCGUCGGCGGCGUCGUACACCCUCCUCGCCACCUCCCCGCCGACCAGCGUCAGCAACGACGGCUGCUCGCCGCACUGCCCUCCCAUUCCCGCGUCCGACGUCGACGCGGCCGUCGCCACGAGGCCGCCGUUCCAGCAGCAGCGGGGCAACGCCCAGCUCGGGGUGGCGGACUGGCUUCUGCUGCAGCGGCAGUCCAGCGGGAGCAGCGUCGGCGGCAACGACGUGGAGGGGUCAUCCACCGUCUCCACACUCGCCAACGCGGAGUACAGGGAGAAGGGCGACGCGGACCGGCCGCCGCCGGGCAGCAGCAACAAGAGCUGGGCGCAGCAGGCGGAGGAGGCCUACCACCUCCAGCUCGCCCUCGCGCUCCGCCUCUGCUCCGAGGCAUCCUCUGCCGCGGACCCCAACUUCCUCGACUCCUCCUCUGCCGCCGCCGACCACCUCCAGCACAUUGCUUCUCCCCAAUCCCUUUCCCACCGCUUCUGGGUCAAUGGCAUCUUGUCCUACUCCGACAAGGUCCCGGAUGGCUUCUACCUCAUCCAGGGGAUGGAUCCCUUCAUAUGGACGCUCUGCAGCGACGUGCACGACGGUCGCGUGCCCUCCAUUGAGUCUCUCAGGGCUGUGAGUCACACCGAAUCGUCCAUCGAGGUGGUCAUCGUAGAUAAGGUGGCUGACUAUGACCUCAGGCAGCUGAUAACCACGGCGAGUGAUAUUUCUCGGAACCGUGCCAACUCGAAGGAAAUCGCCACUCGACUCGCUGGCAUUGUGUCCACGAAGAUGGGGGGAUCAGUAGCAUCUACUGAAGAGCACGAGUUGGGUCCCCGGUGGAGAGACUCUGUUGGGUUCCUGAAGAUUAACUCAGGGUCUGUUGUGCUUCCCAUUGGAAAGUUAUCGAUUGGCCAUUGCUGGCACCGAGCAUUACUGUUUAAGACCCUAGCAGACUCCAUCAAUCUGCCCUGUCGCGUUGUGAAGGGAUGCAAGUACUGCAAAGCUGGUGGUGCUGCCUCUUGCUUGGUGCGCUUUGGCCAUGACAGGGAAUAUCAAAUUGAUUUGAUAUGGAACCCAGGAUUUUUGUCUGAACCCGACUCUCUCUUGAAUGGCCUAUCAUCCAUCUCGGUUUGUUCACCAUUGCGCCCACCAAAACACAACUCAGUUGAUAUUGCUGAUAAUUUCAAAUCAUUGGCUAAGCAAUAUUUCCUCGAUUGCCAGUCAUUAAAUCUCAUGUUCAAUGAUCCAGCAGCUGGAACAGCUAUUGACUUAGAUGAGGCCAUUGGAUCAAAUCUCGGUCCAAACUCAUCACAUCCAACAAACAGUGACUUUCAAGCUAGCUUUUCUCAUUUUAAGGCUGGUGCUCAACCCGGUAGUCGAGAUGGAAAUUUUAUAAUGCAAAGAAGUUUCCCUGAGGAUACCCAGUCUGGGCAAAGUGAUCCCUUCAGUGAUAUAUCUCUUGACAUAGAAGACUUGAUUAUCCCAUGGAUCGAACUUGUUUUGAAAGAGAAAAUUGGUGCAGGUUCUUUUGGUACUGUGCACCGUGCAGAUUGGAAUGGCUCGGAUGUUGCUGUAAAGAUUCUAAUGGAGCAGGACUUCCACCCAGAGCAUCUCAAAGAGUUUUUGCGAGAGGUUGCAAUCAUGAAAAGUUUACGGCAUCCAAACAUUGUUCUUCUUAUGGGUGCUGUUACUCAGCCACCAAACCUUUCAAUUGUGACUGAAUACCUAUCAAGAGGUAGCCUGUACAGUCUUUUGCACAGGCAUGGUGCAAGUGAAAAUCUUGAUGAGUGGUGGCGCUUGAGUAUGGCUUUCGACGUGGCAAAGGGGAUGAAUUAUCUUCAUAAGCGCAAUCCUCCAAUAGUCCAUCGGGAUCUAAAGUCACCAAACCUGCUGGUCGACAAAAAAUACACUGUGAAAGUCUGUGACUUUGGUCUCUCCAGAUUGAAGGCAAACACAUUUCUGUCUUCCAAGUCUGCAGCUGGGACUGUCUCCGGUGCUGUGCAGGAAGGGGCUGAGGCGCUCCCUGACUCUUCUGUUGAUGAGUCUGAUGUUUCCUCUGCAUCACCAAUUGCAGAGUCUGAAGAAACUAUUGUACAUCAUACGACAAUGCAGGAAGUUCAGUCGUCUGCUCUUCCGUCGGUCACGUGCCUUAAGCACAACAUCAGCAAGCCUCGUGUUCUGCAUGAUGGUACGGUCUUCUAUGAUCCCCACAUUCGAACUUUUUCUGCUAUUACAUCUGAACUGGUUGAACCGCAUUCUCUUGCUGAAGCUCUACAACAUCCACAAUGGAAAACUGCCAUGAUUGAGGAAUAUGAAGCUUUACUGCAGAACCAAACCUGGCGUCUUGUGCCUCCUGAACCAGGUCAGAAUGUGGUGGAUUGCAAAUGGGUUUAUAAGCUCAAGCAACAGUCGGAUGGUUCUAUUGAGCGAUUCAAAGAACGCUUAGUUGCUAAGGGAUUUCGGCAACAUGGCAUUGAUUAUGAUGAUACAUUUAGUCCGGUGGUUAAGCCUGCUACGGUGCGUUUGGUUCUGUCCAUUGCUGUGUCUCGUGGUUGGCAUCUUCGUCAGGCUGAUGUUAAAAACGCAUUCUUACAUGGUGAUCUUCGAGAGAAUGUGUACAUGAGCCAGCCUCCCGGCUUCGUGGAUAUGACUAAGCCUCAAUAUGUCUGCAAACUUGAUAAAGCUAUUUAUGGAUUGAAGCAGGCUCCGCGCGCGUGGUAUCAAAAACUCAAUACCAAGCUUCAGGAUCUAGGUUUUGCUUCGUCUAAAGCGGACACAUCUCUGUUCAUUUUUUGCAAGGAUGGUGUUACCACGUAUGUGCUCAUAUAUGUUGACGAUUUGGUUAUCGUGAGUUCCUCUGAAUCAUCCAUUGGUAAUCUGCUUUCUCAGUUGCAUCAGUCUUUUGCCAUCAAGGAUCUUGGCCCCCUGCAUUAUUUUCUCAGUAUUGAGGUGGCUGCAGAUCCAGGGGGGAUCACUCUAUCGCAGAAGCGGUAUGUGCAAGACCUUCUGCAGCGCGUGAAUAUGCACAAUUGUAAGCCAGUUCAUACUCCAAUGUCUAGCUCGGAAAAGUUAUCUAAGACAACAUGCACUCCAUUAUCAGCAGAAGGUAUCACUCAAUAUCGAAGUGUGGUAGGUGCCCUUCAGUAUCCAACUAUCACAUGCCCUGAUAUUGCUUAUUCGGUCAACAAGGUAUGCCAUUUUUUGCAAAGUCCCACUGAUGUUCACUAGGGGGCUGUCAAGCGCAUCCUUCGGUUCUUACGGUAUAGCAAAACCGAUGGGAUGAGAAUACAUUGUAACAGCUCCAUGUUGGUCAGUGGAUUCUCAUAUGUAGAUUGGGGGGGGGUGUCCUGAUGACAGAAGAUCAACCGGUG